GCUGUUUUAUUGAUUUUAGAGCGCUUCAAUGCGUAUCGCUCGUGUAUUGGGAAAAUCGCAAGGAAAACCUAUCUGCGUCGCUACCCGGUCACUAUUAUGAAACCAGAUGGUUCAACGAUUGAAAUUCGGCUAGACGAGCCACUGCAUUUCGUGCAACAGCCUAUUGAUUUGAAAUUAUUAACGAAAGAAGAGCGUCGAGUGCGGCUCGCUGCUCGCAAACCAAAAGUUAAAGUGAUUGAGGAGGUUAUUUCUAUUUUUUGUACAUUUAGUUGUCAAAGUUUAAUAAUAUUAUUUAAAUAUUAUUUUAAAGGAAAAGAAAUAGUUAAAAUUGGCUUUAGAAAUAGCUAA